AUGUCGAGCAGCGGCGGCUCCAGGGCCGAGAUCGUCGUCGGAGUGAAGUACAAACUGGUGCGGAAGAUCGGGUCCGGCUCCUUCGGGGACAUUUACCUGGCGAUCAACGUCACCAACGGUGAGGAAGUGGCCGUGAAGCUCGAGGCUCAGAAGGCCAGGCAUCCCCAGUUGCUGUACGAGAGCAAACUCUAUAAGAUUCUUCAAGGUGGGGUCGGCAUUCCCCACGUACGCUGGUAUGGACAGGAAAAGGACUGUAAUGUGCUAGUCAUGGAUCUUCUGGGACCCAGUCUCGAAGACCUCUUCAAUUUCUGUUCAAGAAGAUUCACCAUGAAAACUGUACUCAUGUUAGCUGACCAGAUGAUCAGUAGAAUUGAGUAUGUGCAUACAAAGAAUUUUAUACACAGAGACAUUAAGCCAGAUAACUUCCUAAUGGGUAUUGGGCGACACUGUAAUAAGUUAUUCCUUAUCGACUUUGGUUUGGCCAAAAAGUACAGAGACAACAGGACAAGGCAACACAUCCCAUACAGAGAAGGUAAAAAUCUCACUGGCACUGCCCGAUAUGCUAGCAUCAACGCCCAUUUUGGUGUUGAGCAGAGCCGCCGAGAUGACAUGGAAUCAUUGGGAUAUGUUUUGAUGUAUUUUAUUAGAACCAGUCUGCCAUGGCAAGGGCUAAAGGCUGCAACAAAGAAGCAGAAAUAUGAAAAGAUUAGUGAAAAGAAGAUGUCCACUCCUGUUGAAGUUUUAUGUAAGGGGUUUCCUGCAGAAUUUGCUAUGUACUUAAACUAUUGCCGUGGGCUGCGCUUUGAAGAAGCCCCGGAUUACAUGUAUGUGAGGCACCUGUUCCGCAUCCUUUUCCGGACCCUGAACCACCAAUAUGACUACACUUUUGAUUGGACAAUGUUGAAGCAGAAAGCGGCACAGCAGGCAGCCUCUUCCAGUGGGCAGUGUCAGCAGGACCAAACCCUCACAGGCAAGCUGACAGAACCAAGAGUAACAUGAAAGGUUUCUAAGCAUGAAUUGAGGAACGGAAGAAGCAGAA